GGGACUAGACCAGAGCGGGUUAAUGUCCGCUCUGAGUUCAGGCAGAGCGUAACAUCUCCGCUGCUGACUCCUCUCAGGCUGCUCACACUCCAAAUAUCUCCGGCGUCUCUUCUCCUCUAUACGAACUUUCUCCGGGCUCUCCACGAGCUUCCUCUGCACUUUCCCCGUCUCUCUCGCUCUCUCUCUCUCUCUCUCUCUCUCUCUCUCUCUCUCUCUCUCCCCACGGACUCUCCGCGGAGGCACUAGGCGCGCGCCGCCAGUUGCCCCUUGCUGCUCUUUGCGCACGGACACUUCUCCACCUUCCCACUUGUAUCCGCUGCGCUCUGCGUAUCAUCCCACCCCCAACCCCCCUCCAGAAGACUCCUGAGCGCCAGACACCACCUCGGUCUGCUGUUACUUUCUCUUUUAAGGUUGAGUUAUUAGUUUGGGCGCUGAGCUCGGACCGAAGAACUAUGUGAUUGUGGCUCGUGGGGAUUUAGUGUCGUGACAUGCUUCCAGGACCCGGCGUCUCCACUAGGAAAUGGGACUCUCUGCAUUUAUGGUUACAUGAAUGUCAGCGCUGCAGGCCAGAUGCCGGUGAUGGAGGAGCUUGUCAGUGAGAGUGACAGCAUGCCAAAGCGGAUAGCUCUGAUCUGCUUCCUGUCUCUGGUCAUGCUGAUGAGCAUCCUGGGAAACCUGCUGGUCAUGGUGGCCGUCUGCAAGGACAGACAACUCAGGAAAAUUAAGACCAACUACUUCAUCGUGUCUCUGGCGUUUGCCGACCUGCUGGUGUCGGUGCUGGUAAUGCCAUUUGGGGCCAUCGAGCUGGUUCACCAGCACUGGAUCUACGGCGAGACCUUCUGCCUGGUCCGGACGUCGCUGGAUGUCCUGCUGACCACUGCGUCCAUCCUGCACCUGUGCUGCAUCGCCCUGGACAGGUACUAUGCUAUCUGCUGCCAGCCUCUGGUCUACCAGAACAAAAUGACGCCUAUGCGAGUGGCUCUGAUGAUCGGCGGCUGCUGGGUUAUUCCCACCUUCAUCUCCUUCCUGCCCAUCAUGCAGGGCUGGAACAGCAUCGGCAUCGACCACCUGAUUGAGCAGAGGCGCCACAGCGAGGGCAGCAACUCCACGUCCUGCGUCUUCAUGGUGAACAAGCCGUACGCCCUCACCUGUUCUGUGGUGGCCUUCUACAUCCCUCUGGUCCUCAUGGUGCUGGCCUACCAGAGGAUCUACAUCACGGCGCGAGCACACGCGCUGCAGAUCAGCAUGCUGCAGCGGGCGGGAGGAGCCGCUGCCAGCACGGACUCUGCCGACCAUCAACGCAACCACCGCAUGCGAACAGAGACCAAGGCAGCAAAGACUCUGUGCAUCAUUAUGGGUUGUUUCUGCCUGUGCUGGGCGCCGUUCUUUGUCACAAACGUGGUGGACCCCUUUAUAGACUACACAGUGCCAGACAAGCUGUGGGUGGCCUGCUUAUGGCUGGGUUACAUCAACUCCAUGCUGAACCCGAUCCUCUACGCCUUCCUCAACAAAUCCUUCCGCCGUGCCUUCCUCAUCAUCCUGUGCUGCGGGAGGAAGAGGUACCGCAGGUCGUCCAUCCUGGGGUCCGGCGCUCCCUGCACAGCCACGCAGAUCAAUGGCUCCACACAUGUACUCAACGGUUGCUCCUCUGCCUCCAAGCUGCUGCUCUGGUUCUGCAACACCAGGCCAGUGCCUGUCUAGCUGCUGUAUGUGUAGGGCGUCUCAAGGCUCUAGCAAGUAUUCUGUCCUUUCGAACGGGAACCACACAGAGCAGAAGAAAAAGUCUCUGCACACCGCCACAGAGUCCCACGAGUCCUGCUUGUGACCAACAACGACUCCUCAGUCACAUCUCCAAAGACCUCGGCUCGAACACCGUCACCACAGAGACGCUGGAAACACACCGCAGCCUUCACAAAUUCAACGCAGAUGCCACAAACUCAGCAGAUCUAAAAGAAAAAUAAUAAAUAAAUAGAACAGAGCCCCAAUGGGACUUUAGGGAUCUACGCGAGGAAUGUGACAUUGCAAAGGGUGCAUCUGGUUUUAAAGUUCAGCUGAAACUAGUGGACUGGAACAAACCCAGUUCCCAGUCUUUCUGAUGCUGUUCUCUGUCAUGCUGGUUCUCCCAUCCUCUGGCCCUCAGAGACUGAGCUGUCCCAGUCGAACUGAAUCAGAGCCAGAUUGCGACGGUGAUCCAAUCAGCAGGCCUGCUGGUAGCUAGCUGUGAAGUCCAGCUUGUCAUGUGGCGAACCGGCAGCUUUGGUGGAAUGUGUAGGAGAAUUUCACAGCACGAGAUGUGAUUAAUGACUGACUAGGAAGUGAAAAUUAUGUUGCCAAAGCUAUUUGAUAUUACGUAAAAAGGACAUUAUUGUGAUUAUUAUAAGAUGCUCCCUGUUGUUUUCCAGUACAAAAUCAGAAAGAUUGGCGGUAGAGCAUAAUAAGGUGACAAACAAAGCUUUUGAAACAAGUGUUUUUCAUGAAAAGAGGCAGAGUUUAGAACAACAUUUCCUUUGCUAAACAUCACGUGUUUGAGCCUUGACACAAAACUAAAGAACCUUAAUGUCUCCCAGGUCAAAGUUUUUCAGCUUUUCUAAAUCCUCACUAAGCUGAAAGGAAAAUGUGGUUGCAAGGCUGCGUUAAAUCUCUGAGCUGAACUGUCGAAGUGCAUUAUUAUAGAGGCUGCUAGCUCACGCUCCCUGUUCAUCACUCCUCAAGGCCCCGUCUGAAUCAUUGUUUUUUUCUCGCAAUAAGAAGUUAAAGGAUCACAACGCAUUAAAAGCUGCUCAUGAAUGAUUCAGGCGUUGUGAUGAUGUUGGAGCAAUACCUGCAUUGUUAUGAUGUGUGUGUGAUUACAUUUUCAGUUUUCUGCAGUCUGUGUGCGUAUGUAUGUGUUUCCAUGCUGUUAAUGUAUGUUUUCAUACAAGCGUGCUUCUGAGUGUGUGUGUGUACAAUACAUGUCCACAUGUGAUGUAAAGUUCUGCUCCAUCUCGACACGCCAUGAGCCCAUGUUAAAGAAUGUACCAGAAAUGUUUCCAUUUGUUCAUGUUCAUGGAAACGGAGAACACAAAAGCCAACUGUUUUUCCUGUACGCAUAAUGAACCUGCUCCUUUAAAAAAAAAAAAGUUAUAGUUCAUUUCCUGCCCUCUUUGAGUCCUCCAGGACUUCGUUCAUCCAAAAGGCUAGUCCCAGAUAGGGUGAAUCUCACCAAAUGAUUAGUCACCAGUUACUCUCCACACAGUUAGUAAUGCUGCUGCCACAACAGAAUAUUGUAGGAGUAUUGUUGGAAUGGAGAAAGGAUAGUGCAUGAGGGGAGGCUGCAUAAUGUAUAAUGGCAACCCCUGUUUGCUAACCCUAAUCCCUAUUUUUGUAUUCAUUAUGGAUCAAUGACUCUGUAUAAUGUGAAGUGCUCACUCCCAGUGACGAACCCAUAGAGAACUAGAAAGGCACUCUGAGAGCGGAGAAACCUCCACCAAGGACAAAUGCCCUAUCUCCCCUAUUGUUAAAAGAAAAUUAAAAAUUAUUUGUAUCCGCUCUGUGAUUCGGACCCGCUCCAAAAUGUAAUGUGUUCUUCCUUGGCCCGUGCUACACGCUUCCACCAAGUUUCAUGAAGAUUGGGCCAGUACUCCUAGGCGACGGUAAUUAGCUCUGAAAAGUUUUGUAGCCUGUUUAGCUCAUUAUUUUGUUAUUACAGCACACUUACUAUUUGGCUCAGUGGCCUCAGUGCUCACAAGCAGCUGUGUUCAGUAAACAUGCUCUAAUAAACCAAAAUUAAAGCUCCUGCCUAGCAGCUAACAGCACAUAGACGAAGCAUCUUGAUCCUGAUCAUUUUCUAAGGAGUUGAUGGAGACCAAACCAGAUCUAAAGGCCCUGACCCACCAAGCAGAUGGCAAGAACUAGUGGCGACGCAGGCCGACUGUGGUGUCGGCUCACGUCGCCUCACUUCGCCUCACAUCGCCUUUGUCUUAGCCAAAGGUUUGCACUUGAAAACACCGCAAAGACGGCCAAAUACCACGUACGUUCUGCGCCUGCGGGAGAGGAAAUAACUCUCCAUGCCAGCAGGGGGCGGUAAUC